CACGAAAGAACAUCAAGGUAACACUACCUGGCAGCCAAAUAGCCUAAUGCCGUCAUGUCUCUACCACUAUUACUCUACUACCUACCCUCCCUAGCCUCUUACUUCUUCUCCUUUUCUCUCUUCCUUUCCAUCCUCAACCCUUGUGCUACUCUUCAAUCUGACUCUUGCGCUCUAUUCAUGAACCCCAUACAUAUUUCGAGUCAUCCCCUCCAUUCCUCAUCUCUGUGCUCAGCCACUCCAUUCCGCUUUCGGCUGCGGCCGCUUGAGUCCUCGCUAAAGGCCACAUCUUAUACAAUUCACAAGGGAUGACUUUGUCCCAUCGCUGGUGGACGGCAGUGCUGGCCGUCCUUGCCGUCAACCGGGCAACAGUGACAGCCUUACAAUUAGAUAUCAAUGAUGAGCAAUCUAUCAAGAAUGCGGCCGCGACGGCAGCCUACAACAUGAUGAGCUACUACCACGGAAAUCUCUCCGGCCAGAUUCCCGGGAAGCUCGAGGAUACCUGGUGGGAAGGAGGAGCCAUGUUCAUGACCUUGAUCCAGUAUUGGUUCUGGACCGGCGAUACCUCGUACAAUGCAGUCACCACUGAAGGCAUGCUCUGGCAAAAGGGCCAGAACGACUACUUCCCCGCCAACUACAGUAACUACCUUGGAAACGACGACCAGGUAUUUUGGGGUCUGGCCGCUAUGACGGCGGCCGAGUUGAAUUACCCAGAGGAGGAUGGACAGCCCUCGUGGCUGUCGCUCGCCCAGGGUGUCUUUAACACCCAAGUGCCCCGCUGGGAUACCACUAGUUGUCAGGGUGGGUUGCGCUGGCAGCUGUGGCCCUACCAGGCGGGUUACACCACCAAGAAUGCCAUCUCCAACGGCGGUCUCUUUCAGCUGGCGGCGCGCCUGGGGCGCUACACCAACAACGAGACAUAUAGCAACUGGGCGGAGAAAAUCUACGACUGGAUGGCAACCACCCCGCUCUUGAGACAAGAUGAGUGGUCUAUUGCUGAUACGACCACCACGCAAACGAACUGCAAGGACCAUGGAGAUCUCCAGUGGACGUAUAACUAUGGAACGUAUAUCAGCGGAGUUGCGUAUAUGUAUAACCUGACCAAUGGUGCAGACAAGUGGAAGACAGCGCUCGACGGCUUGCUCGGCACUGCCUUGCAAAAGUUCUUUCCGCAAGAGUUCGGCGGAAACAUCAUGUCCGAAAUCUCGUGCGAACCGAAUAUGAUGUGCGAUCGGAACCAAGACUGCUUCAAGGGGUUUCUGUCGUCCUGGUUGACAUUCACAACCACCAUUGCACCUUACACGGCGGGCCAGAUUCUGCCUAAGAUUCAGCAAUCGGCCCUGGCGGCCGCAAAGCAAUGCUCUGGCGGCCAGUCGGGAACGCAAUGCGGCCGACGCUGGCACCAGGAUACCUGGGAUGGAGAGACAUCGCUAGAAUCCGAUAUGAGCGCGCUGAGCGUCUUCUCAUCUAACAUGAUCAUCCACAAGAGCCAGAAAAAGAGUCAGGCGCCAUUGACGUCGGAUACUGGCGGCACCAGCAAGAGUGAUCCCAACGCAGGCACCGCGCCGAAAAACCCGCCCAACGAACUGUCUGAGAUCACAGCGGGGGAUCGAGCUGGUGCUUCGAUAGUGACGGUUGUGUUUGUGAGCAUUUGGGUGGCUGCUGUGGCCUGGAUGGUUUAUGGAGGUUAGAGUGCAGCGGGUGUAGUAUUUCCUGUUCUGUCGUUGUCUUGUAUAUAGGAAUCGCUUCGGGAUUCGCGCGGUACUAGAUUGCUUUUUGCUAGUUGAAUGGCU